AUGGCCAUGACUUCCGCCCUUCCCUUAAAUGACGAGAAUACGCAUUGCGCUUGUUGUUAUUGUUCUGGUUUCCAUGGUCAACUGUCAGAAUCGGGGAGAAUGAAUGGGCAGCUACACGGAUUUGCACAUUAUAUUGCAAAAGGGCUGAGAACUGCGGUUAUGGAAUCUGCAUUAAACGUGGAAAGAGUUACGUAUGUAGAUGCAUGGCUUGUGCCAAAUGAAUAA